CAUCUCAUGUUCAUGUAACAUUAAAAAAAACCGAAGGAAAAAGAAACAAUCUCUGUGCUUCUCGUGACGGCUCACAAGCCAAUGUACAUGAAAAGUUGAAUAUCAUUACUCAUUGCUGUCUAGGCCACUUACUUAUUUCCACUUCAACCAAAAUAGCUUUCUUUUAAAUCUUUGAUCACAUUUUUUAAUUGCCCAUUUCUCUUCUCCCCACAAAUUUUUGUGAUCCGAGCAACUUCAGGUAGUGCUUUAAAAACCAAAAAAUAAGGAUCAAUUUUGCAUACGGGUUCUUCGGUUUAGAGUUAUUCUCGGAUCUGGGUGUUUCCAAUUUUGGAUCUUUUUAUUUUUUUUGUCUCAGCUUUUUAAUCUCGUUUUGAUCAGUAUUCUCGUGGUUAUAUUUUGGCCAUGAAGUUUUGGGACGCUAACAAAGUAGUUUUGCCUUUUGUCUGAUUUAUUUUUUUUCUUCUUUCUCUACUAAAGAUUCCAUUUUUGUUUUCAUUUUUUAGAACUUGUUUCUUUUUUCUUUCCCUGUUAGAAUCUUCGGAGAAUCACCUGGUUAUUUUGGUUUUUGUUGAUUAAUUAAUUCAGCAAUGGAAUCUUGCUGCAUGACACUCAACGUUAAUGCCAAUCCAAUUAAUGUUAGCAAAGGUCGUAGUAAUGGAGGCAACGUUUUCUGGGGAGAGAGUAGGAGGGGAGGUCUUAAAAGCAGGGAUUUUGGAACACAGUUAUGGAAGAGUUUGAGAGCUAAAAAUGGUGUCAAAAAAGUUAAGCCUGGAGUGGCUUACUCUGUUCUCACCCCAGAUAUUGACAAGGAGACUAUGUUUCAGGCACCAAUCUCUUACACUCCACAAGCAGAUCCAAAAAAUGUGGCUUCCAUCAUAUUGGGUGGCGGUGCCGGGACACGCCUCUUUCCUCUUACUAGCAAAAGAGCCAAGCCAGCAGUUCCAAUUGGAGGUUGUUACAGGCUGAUUGAUGUUCCAAUGAGCAACUGCAUCAAUAGUGGCAUAAAAAAGAUAUUUAUCUUAACUCAAUUUAACUCCUUUUCCCUCAACCGUCACAUAGCUCGAACAUACAACUUUGGAAACGGUGUAAAUUUUGGAGAUGGUUUUGUAGAGGUUCUGGCGGCCACUCAAACACCAGGAGAAGCAGGGAAAAAGUGGUUCCAGGGAACAGCUGAUGCUGUGAGGCAAUUUGUUUGGGUCUUUGAGGAUGCCAAAGCCAAGGAUGUGCAGCAUGUACUGAUAUUGUCUGGUGAUCAUCUUUACAGGGCAGACUAUAUGGAUUUUGUGCAGAAGCAUAUUGAUUCAAAUGCUGAUAUCACAGUCUCAUGUUUACCAAUGGAUGACAGCCGUGCAUCAGAUUUUGGAUUGGUGAAGAUAAAUGAAACAGGAUGCAUCAUUCAGUUUGCUGAGAAGCCAAAGGGCCCCAAUCUUAAAGCUAUGCAAGUUGAUACCUCCAUAUUAGGGUUAUCAGCACGAGAUGCUGCAAGAUAUCCAUACAUUGCAUCAAUGGGUGUGUAUGUGUUUAAAACUGAUGUCUUGUUAAAGCUUCUGACACGGAGCUGUCCAUCAUGCAAUGACUUUGGCUCUGAGAUUAUUCCAUCAGCUGUGAAGGAACACAAUGUACAGGCAUAUUUGUUCAAUGACUAUUGGGAAGACAUUGGGACAAUAAAGUCCUUCUUUGAUGCCAAUUUAGCCCUCACAGAACAGCCACCAAAGUUUGAAUUUUAUGACCCAAAGACACCUUUCUAUACAUCUCCAAGAUUCUUGCCUCCUACCAAAGUUGAUAAAUGCAGGAUUGUUGAUGCCAUAAUUUCACAUGGUUGUUUCUUGCGAGAAUGUAGUGUACAACACUCUAUAGUUGGUGUGCGCUCACGUCUGGAGUCUGGCGUUGAGUUUGAGGAUACCAUGAUGAUGGGAGCAGACUACUACCAAACUGAGUCAGAAAUAGCAUCUCUGCUUGCAGAAGGAAAGGUUCCCAUUGGAGUUGGACAAAAUACCAAGAUUAGGAAUUGCAUAAUUGACAAGAAUGCCAAGAUAGGAAAAGAUGUGAUCAUAUCAAAUAGUGAUGAUGUUCAAGAAGCUGAAAGACCAGAAGAUGGGUUUUACAUCAGGUCUGGGAUCACAGUCAUAAUGAAAAAUGCAACAAUUAAAGAUGGAACCAUCAUAUAAAAUUUUUGAAUUCUUCC